GUCUUGGGGAUUGACGAUCUGUAAGACUGCAAGCGAAGGAGGGUCGGCAGAGAGGGAGAAGAAGCUUUAUAUGGACUAGCUUGUGAUUGAUUCUGCUUCAACAGAUGAUUUCAGCCUGUUCUUCUUCUUACUUCUGGCUUGUUUUCGUUCAACGUCGGGUUGCGAAGUCUCCGGGUUCUGCUAAAUCAUACUAAAUAAGGAAAAAUCAAGUAUUAUGGCAGAUUUUCAAAAUUCUGAAAACUUGCUUGUUGCGGAACCAACUUUUUCUCCUGAAGAAUGUCCUCCCAAAGAGUCGACGCUUCCUAAUCCUCUGCUGUCUGAUGGAAAGGCUGAAAUUAAACAUCAUCAAGAAGCAGCCACUGGACAUUCAGAAGCAUUAGUUGAACAAAGUUGCAUAGGCUUAUCCUUGGAAACACAACCACCUUCUUCAUUAGAAUUUCAUUGUUCUUCAUCACCUGAUCUAUCACACAUUCAAACACAAAAGUUGGCCAAUAUUCCAGCUCAACACGAAGAUCAAAGCGACUCUCAAGAUGGUGUCAUCAAAAUUCUGAAAGCAGCGGAAGCUGUGCCGCAUAAAGGUCAAGACAUAUAUUGUAAUGACGUUUCUGAUGUUCAGACAAACAAAGUUCAAAUCAAUGAUGAUGCUACUGCCAGUGCUGGUAGCAAAGCUGCUUCUUUGCCAUCUGAGAAAUCUGGGAGUAUCCCAGACCCACUUAGGGGUGAUGCCUCAAAGGGAACGGAAGAAACCUUAUCCAGCCAAAUUGAAGGUAUAAGUUCUGCUGGAGUUGCUGAUGCUCAAACCAAUAAAAGGUCUAAUGUUGAGGAGAGUAGUAGGAUGAAAGACACAACGCCUUUGAAGCCCAACAGUUAUCAUUUGCAAGGUCACACAGAAGCCCAAAAUAUGCAAAUAAAAUCAUCAGAAUCAGCUGUUUCUACUGAACAUGUAAAGAAAGUGAUUGAAAAUAGAGGGUUUGUUGACACUACAACACCUUUUGAAUCGGUUAAGGAUGCGGUGACGAAAUUUGGUGCUAUUGUUGAUUGGAAAGCUCACAAAGCACUGACUAUUGAGAAGCGCAAACAUUUUCAUUUUGAGCUCGCAAAGGUUCAAGAAGAACUUCCUAUUUGCAGAAAACAAUUGGAGGAUGCUCAAGUUACUAAAACUGAAGUAUUGAAUGAAUUGGACACUGCAAGGAGACUUGUUGAAGAGCUAAAGUUGGACCUCGAGAAAGCAGAAACUGAGGCGGCACAAGCAAAGCAGGAUGCAGAACUCGCCCAGCUUCGAGCAAAAGAGAUGGAGGAUGGCAUUGCUGAUGAUGCAAGUGUUGCAGCUAAAACACAGCUCGAGGUUGCUAAAGCGAGGCAUUUAGCUGCCAUUGCAGAGAUAAAAUUCGUAGAAGACCAGUUAGCAGACCUUCAAGAUCAAUAUUCUGCUUUAGUUGGUGAAAGAGACCUCGCAAUUAGAAAAGCUGAAGAGGCUGUUUCUGCUUUGAAGGAGAUGGAGAAAGCAGUGGAAGACCUUACACUAGAGCUCAUCUCUGCAAAAGAAUCACUUGAAUCUGCACACGCUGCACAUAUUGAGGCCGAAGAGCAUCGAAUCGGCGCAGCUCUGGCAAAAGACCACGAUUGCCUCAAUUGGGACAAGGAAAUAAAGCAGGCUGAAGAAGAACUGAAUGUCCUCAACAAACAGCUUCAAAAGACGAAGAAUCUCGAGACGGAUUUAGAAACCGCAUUGAGUUUAUUGGCAAACCUGAAACAAGAAUUAGCAGCAUAUAUGGAAUCCAAACUGAAAGAACAAUCUGAAAGUUCUGAGGAAAUGCAAUCCAAAGAUGCUUUAGUUUCUAAAAGAAAGGAGCUUGAAGGGGUGAAGGCGAACAUCGAGAAGGCAAAAAAUGAAGUCAGCAUACUAAGAAUAGCGGAGUCGUCACUCAAGUCCGAGUUCGAGAGGGAAAAAACAGGCCUUGCCUCCAUGAGACAGAGGGAAGGAAUGGCAUCCAUAGCUGUUUCGGCACUCGAAGCUGAGAUCGAAAGGACGAAAGAUCUAAUAAAGCAAGUUAUAGAGAAAGAGAAGGAAGCACGGGAAAAGGUUGCAGAGCUUCCAAAUUUGAUUCAACAGGCAGCUCUGCAAGCAGAUCAGUUCAAGUCUGCGGCAAAGAUGGCACGAGAAGAGCUAAGGAAGGUCAGCGAAGAAGCAGAACAAGUUAAAGCUACUCUGAGCACCACAGAAAUCAGGCUGCAAGCAACUCUGAAAGAAAUUGAAGCUUCCCGAGCAUCAGAAAGGUUGGCACUUGCAGCAGUUCAGGCUCUGCAGGAAAGCGAGGAGGCUGCUUCCAUGGGAGAGUCUCCUCGAGGAAUAUCCAUUUCUCUCGAUGAAUACUACGCUCUGAGCAAGAGUGCCCAUGAAGUCGAGCAAAUCGCCAAUGAGAGAAUUGCUUAUGCUGUUUCCCAAAUCCAGGCAGCGAAGGAGUCUGAGCUAAAGAGUUUGCAGAGAUUGGAACAAGCUUAUGUCGAAAUGGAUAGAAGAAAAGCAGCACUGAGAGUUGCAAUGGAAAAGGCCGACAAAGCCAACGAAGGAAAACUUGGGGUGGAACAGGAGUUGAGAAAAUGGCGAGCGGAGCACGAGCAGCAGAGAAAAGCAAGCGAUGGGGGUGGCCACGGUGCUUCAAAUCCUUCACGAACUCCUGCAAGGAGCUUCAAUGAUGGCCACAAAACAAAAACGGCCGAAGCAGCGGAUACUGUCUCGACUGAUAUCAUUCGUCCUUCUCCAGGCCAUGUGAUUUACAUGUCAGGUAAUAAAAUGGAGCAUGUGUUACCAGAGUUAAAGCCAAGGAAGAGUAAGUUUAUUAUUCCAAGGAUAGUAAUGUUUUUUGUGAGAAGAAGGUCACGAUCAAGGAAAUAGAUAAAUAACCUUUUGAAAUAUAUAUAUUGUAUUUAUAUUAUGUUUAGAGCACCAGUUGUACAUGUCAUAAAUGUGGAUAAUAUAAUUAAAUUUGCUUUUUCUUGUCCAAGGCCUUAGUUGGCUGUAAGCACCUUGUUAAGACUAGCAUACAAAUUUGUGUUUGGAACUUGUUUGAAUAAUUUUGUUAAGCCGUAUUGGAUAACACCAUUUCUUUUGAUA